CAAACCAGAAACCAUGGCUACAUCUCCAAUCUCAGCUAUCUUCUUCAUCUUUCUCCUCCAUCUCGCUACCACCGUCUUCUCCAUCGGCGUUAACUAUGGCACCGUCGGAGACAACCUUCCGUCACCGCAAGCGGUGGCGGAUUUCCUCAAGACGAAGACAACCAUCGACAGUGUUAAGAUCUUCGAUGUGAGCCCUCAAAUCCUGCAAGCCUUCGCCGGAAGUGGCAUCUCCGUCACCGUCACAGCACCUAACGGAGAUAUUGUGGCCCUAACCAACCUAGAUUCCGCUCGCCAGUGGGUCGUUACUCACAUCAAGCCUUUCCACCCUCAAACUAAAAUCAAGUACAUCCUCGUCGGCAGUGAAGUGCUCCAUUGGACCGAUUGGAACACCAUAAAGCUUCUCGUCCCCGCCAUGAGAACUCUCCACAGAGCUCUGAACGCCGAGGGAAUCAGAGACAUCAAGGUUACAACUGCACAUUCUUUAGCCAUAAUGCACGCGUCUAUUCCACCAAGCGCUGGCCGGUUCAGAUAUGGAUUUGCACGAUAUGUGUUCGCUCCAAUGUUGAAAUUCUUGAGGGAAACUAAAGCCCCCUUUAUGGUUAACCCGUACCCGUACUUCGGAUACAACCCGAAAAACGCAAACUUCGCUUUGUUCAGGCCAAACCGGGGCUUGUUCGACCGGAACACUGGGCUGACCUACACGAACCAGUUCGACGCACUCAUGGACGCGGUUUACUCCGCAAUGAAGGCCAUUGGGUUCGGUGAUGUCGAUAUCGCCGUCGGCGAGACGGGUUGGCCGACGAACUGUGAUGGAUGGGAAGCUUGUAGUGUGUCCAAUGCGGCGUCGUACAACGGCCAGCUGGUGACGCACGUGGAGUCCGGGAAGGGGACGCCGUUGAUGCCGAAACGCCGGUUCGAUACCUACAUCUUCGCCUUGUUCAAUGAGAACCAGAAACCCGGUCCGACCGCCGAGAGGAACUGGGGAAUGUUCCAACCCGAUUUUACUCCGGUCUAUGACGCUGGGAUCUUGCGCAACGGACAGGCAGUACCAGUAACGCAAAAUCCAGGCCAAAGCCCAAGCCCAAGUCCAAGCCCAAAAGGCCCAAGUAAAGUAGGGCAGAAAUGGUGCAUACCGAAGCCUGAGACGACCCAGCAGGCCCUACAAGCGAACAUAGAGUAUGUAUGCAGCCAGGGAGUGGACUGUAAGCCGAUUCAGGCGGGAGGAGCAUGCUAUGACCCAAGUAACGUUCGGCAGCUGGCCACGUACGCCAUGAACGCCUUUUAUCAGGCCAAGGGUCGCCACGACUUCGACUGCUACUUCUCCAACUCUGGCCUCAUUACCUCCUCUAAUCCCAGUUACGGAAAAUGUAGAAUGUAAGUGUGAAUUUCAGAAGAAGAGAGCAAGGACUUGUGAUUCCCAGAUGCUCAACAUGAAUGUGGCUACGGACUAUUUUAUUGAUUGACUCAUCGUGAUCAUGUAUUCAUUUAUUAUGAUUAUUACUACUACUAUUGGAUAUGUAAAUGUUAACCUAGAGAUCAUCAUGUGUCAUCAAGACUACGCUCUAUUUUAUGCAACAGUUGUGUCUGAAAUGUUAGGAACAUUAUUCUGUUGUUGGUUUAGUUUAUCUUUUGAUGAUAUGAUUCUUUUGAAUGGUA